AUGAUUUGGAUCUUACAAUUUCCACCUGAAAUUAUUCAGCUUAUAUUUGAUGGUAUCCCUCUCCCAUAUUUACGUGAGUACCUCCACAUUGAUCAAAUUGGAAAUUAUGCGUUCAAUUCAUAUUACGCCAAUAUCCUGAUUUGUGACUUCCGUCAAGUACGCAAUGGAUGGUGCGAAUUAACCAAAUCCCCAGAGCUUCUUGGGGAGACAGAUGUGUUUCCGAGAACAUAUAGUUCCAAGCAGGUCUAUGGUAGUCUAACUUAUCCUACUUCUUCCGAUUUUUAUCGUCCGCCGUCACAAUGGAAAGCACCCGUGGUAUACUUCAUGAACUUGGAAGAAUUUCUCGAUUUUAGUGAAGAAAAUGAUUGGUUUUCUCCAAAAUGUUUAGAGUUCUCAAGACCAAGAGAUUUCGCACAUUUCUACUUAGAGAAUAACGACAAGGUUUCUAAGAUAGAGCGGAUCCAUAUAUAUCCGGAAGUCUAUUUCAGUGACGAUCAUUCAGAGAUGAUACAGGAGAUACAGGACUGCCGGAAUAUGAUAGAGGACGAAGAAAUUCCGAACGUAAGCCACAGUUGUAUGGUUGUCGAUAGUGCUACUUUAGAUUUGCAAUUGUUUCCGACUUGUUUGGAUUAUCUUGAAGUAAUACAAUGUCAGAUGGGCCAAUUUAAAUUUGCUUUUGCUAAUGUUUCGGUAACACAUCUUGGACUUAGUGAUGUUCGGAUAACACCUGAGGAUAUGGAAUUUCUCCCUACUAGCGUAAAGUAUUUGACGUUAACAAAUUCAUUGCGUCUAGAUGAAGAAGAGGACGUUUUAGUUGUAAAAUCUCCUCCUAAUUUGAUCCAAUUGGUAAUCGCCAAGUUUAGAGAAGACACAAUUGUUUGCGAAGUCGAUUUGCUGGCUUUAACUAAACUUCGAUAUGUCCAAAUGCAUGAAUUGCACUGCGCGGAUUUAGAAGAUUUGAAGUUGCCGAAUUCAAUUGAGAUACUAAAGCUAGGAGCACCUGAGUUAGAAAGUUUGGAAGGAAUCGAAAUGUAUACGAAUCUACGCAGCAUUUAUUUUCAAACCAGUUACUUGAUGAAUACAAACCAUCCAUUGUGGAUGCCCCCCAGCAAAUUCCCUCCAAAUGCAGGGUGGGCUAACCAUACGGUCUUGUGUGAUGGUUAUUCGUGCGCGGAACUUGUUUGUUCAUCACAAUUCCCGAAAGAACAGAUUACCAGCGUUCAAAUUUUGACGGAGUGGGAUAUUAGUAUUAGAGAUGACUUAUCACAUUUAUCCUUUUUCGAUUACCCUAAUUUAACUGUGUUGGAUUUAGCGGGCACUCAAAUUCCGAACGUUAAUUCAUGGGUAUUUCCAGAAACAUUGAUUAUGUUGAAUUUAUCAAGAUGCAACAUUCUGAAAUUCACUAAUCAUAAUUUCAGUUCAUUAGCUGGUUUGAGGAGGUUGCACAUGCUGGAAAAUAAUCUUGAGAGUCUAAACGGUGUUACCGAAUCCCUUCCUUUGAGUUUGAAAGAACUUGACUUGCUGUAUAACAAAAUUAACAAAUUUCAAGGUUCUCAUUUAUCACUACUCUCUCUUGAUUUAUCAGACAACCCAUUGCAUACUAUAGUUACAGAAGAGAACCUCAGCCUACCAGAUUCUUGUGAGAUAUUGAAAUUGGAAUCAACACCAAUAAGAGCGUUUGAUGAAACCUUUCUGUUCCCAAAAAAUUUGAAGGAAUUAUCACUCAAAGCUCGAUACGGCAUAUUUGACGGCCUGUUCUCCGAAGAUGUUUCAGACGAGGAAAGCAUGUUCAACAAUGCAUCUCUUUUCGUUAAACUUCCACAGGGAAUGCAUUCACUUCAUUUAGACUUUUAUGGAGAAAGUUCCGAAAGUUCCUUCGAUUUUCCAACUGGUUUGCGGCAAUUAGCUAUAAAAAAUGCACCAUCUAAUUUGGUAUUAGAUAAACUUACAUUUUUGGAAGAAUUGCAUCUCCAAGGAGAUGUAGAGAUAUCAAUCGACUUGUUCCCAGUAAGUUUGAGGAAGAUUCGUAUGGAAGUGGACACUGUCACAGGGUCAUUAGAUCGCUUAGUAAAUUUGGAGAGAAUUAUGUUGGAGGCUGAAUGUUGGGAUCUGGAAGAAACAAUCAUCGUUCCAGAGCCAGUUAGAUAUAUUUCGAUCCCAAAUGGCGCUAUUGCCGAGAGAUUAGAUUAUAGCAAAUGCGGAGAUCUACUGUACCUAGAAUUGGGCGAUUAUGAGUCUUUGUCUGUUGAGUUGCUCUUCCACUUUGUAUCCUUGCUUAAGAUUAAUCCCUACAUUCGUAUUUAUUUAGGGAGAGAAAUUACUGGUUCAUGUUACGAAUUACUAGACGAAUUUCGAACCUUGGGCGGGUUGAUUGAGUUUUGUGGUUAG